AUGCGCGUGGGGACGAGUAGCAGCAGCAGCAUCAGCGCGCCUACAUCUCUGCUCUCCUCCCUCUUCACCACCCGCGCCUGCUGCAUACACUCGGCCCUGCAAGCUCCAACACAGCGACAUUUCUCCUCGACGCCUCGCCCUCUCAACUGGCUUAUCCCCAAAGCCGGCGAAACCACCAAAUCCCGCAAAGGCCGACCCCAAUGCCCCACGGGCGGCAGCACCAAAGGCACGACACUCGUCUGGGGCUCUUACGGCAUCCGACUCAAAGACACCGACCGACGCAUCUCCGCCUCACAACUCAAAAUCGCCGACGAAACCAUCAAGAAACGUCUCCGAGGCUUCAAAUAUCGCCUCUACCAUCGCGUCUCGGCAGGUGUUGGAGUCUACACGUCGGGAAACGAUCAGAGAAUGGGUAAAGGAAAAGGAACGUUUGAUUAUUGGGCGGCGCGAGUCCCUGUGAGUAGAAUUUUGUUUGAAUUGGAAGGGACUAUACACGAGCAGAUUGUGAGAGAUGCGUUUCGAUUGGCCGGCAAUAAAUUGCCGGGACAGUAUGAGUUUGUGAGGAAAGGAGAUCCUCCUGUCAUGGGGAUUACGAAGUUGGGCGAGGGAGUUACGGAGGAUAUGUUGAGGAGACCGAGGAGACAGGUUCCUGCUCCGGGACCGAAUAUGGUGAAGCAGGCGGAGAGAAUGCCUGCUACGACGCCGCCAUGAAGCCUAUGUCAUGGACUGUCGCAAUGAAUCUAUCUUGUACAGAAGAAUGUGUUCUGCCCAUGAAGCAUGCGAACAAAUAGCUGCAUGUCAAGUCAUCAAGGACACAAUGUUUCACCCCGAGCGUAUUUGCUUUCAAAAAGGCCUAUGUUCUCAGUCAUCCAGCAGCCGAUCUUCAUGAACGACAGGGUUGUGGAAAGAGUAGCAAUGAGGUUGCAAUGCCCAUCCCUCGGGCUUCAUAAUUUUUACAAUUUGAGAACACCUUGGCUACAUAAGAAUAUUACCUUACUGUAGUGUGGCGCAAUAUCAU